AUUCAACCUCCCUGGGCGAUAUGUAUUAUGACACCUGGCAACUCUCGAUCACGCUGAAUACAGCAUAUGCACUACAGAUUUUCUCUGAUUCCACAUUCCGUUAAUAUUCAUCAGAUCUUCCGAGUCAAUGAACGAACUUCAGGACACACCUACCGCAGGCCCACAAUAUUUCUACCGAGUGUUUGAUGAGAAAUCUUUUUCUCAGUUCCACGAAACUUCGGGGUUUGUGGCAGGUAUACCUAAUGCUAUCUACGACCCCAAGCAUUGGAAGGCCCGGCAUGAGUUAGAACGACACAUGGAUUGGACCAAUAAACAUCCGACCCCCUUUAUAUCUGUGACGGCUUCCCGCGAAAAGGCCCUCGAAUUUGCUUUGCAGAGGGUGAAAAGCAGAGGCGCACUGUCACAAUUGCGAAGAUCGACAGUUCGCGACUCGAAACAGCAAUCCACCAGAUGUGCGUUCUUGUUAAACAAACAGGCGCAGAUAUAAAACAAGAAGUAAUAAACAAGCACGAAUAUCUAUGUGUUCGCUACAUUCCAGCUAACGCCGUCAUUCAGCGUCUUACGCUCGGCGAUGAUUGGUGUAGCUGAGUCCGAUACUAUAGUUCGAUUUUAGAUCAUGUUCAUUGUGUUCCAGCUCUCAAGCUUCUACAACGCGUACCUGACGGUGGCACAAUCCCGUUACGUAGAAUGUGUCCUAAGCUUGUUUCUGUAUUUCUGUGCAGAUUUCACAUUACUUAUGACCUUGACAGUAUCGUAACCCAUCGGCAAACCAAGAUACUUACCUCUGUAAUUGCAAGUUUGUGACCGGUGACUAGUGAGGGC